GGCUGAUUUUUGUCCCUCUGCGCUUGCCCCCGCUCCCCUCCCUCCGGCUACGGCCCCCGGCCCCGGCACUCGCUCUACUCCUGUAACGGAAAGGUCGAGUCCUGUGUCCCUGCGGGCAGCCGUGCCGAGAAUGAACCCCAGCACCCCCAGCUACCCAACGGCCUCGCUCUACGUGGGGGACCUCCACCCCGACGUGACUGAGGCGAUGCUCUACGAGAAGUUCAGUCCGGCUGGGCCCAUCCUCUCCAUCCGGGUCUGCAGGGACUUGAUCACCCGCCGCUCCUCCAACUACGCGUAUGUGAACUUCCAGCACCCGAAGGACGCGGAGCAUGCUCUGGACACCAUGAAUUUUGAUGUUAUAAAGGGCAAACCAGUACGCAUCAUGUGGUCUCAGCAUGAUCCAUCACUUCGCAAAAGUGGAGUGGGCAACAUAUUCGUUAAAAAUUUGGAUAAAUCCAUUAAUAAUAAAGCACUGUAUGAUACAGUUUCUGCUUUUGGUAACAUCCUUUCAUGUAAGGUGGUUUGUGAUGAAAAUGGUUCCAAGGGCUAUGGAUUUGUACACUUUGAGACACACGAAGCAGCUGAAAGAGCUAUUGAAAAAAUGAAUGGAAUGCUCCUAAAUGAUCGCAAAGUAUUUGUUGGACGAUUUAAGUCUCGUAAAGAACGAGAGGCUGAACUUGGAGCUAAGGCAAAAGAGUUCCCCAAUGUUUACAUCAAGAAUUUUGGAGAAGACAUGGACGAUGAGCGCCUUAAGGAUCUCUUUGGCAAGUUCGGGCCUGCCUUAAGUGUAAAAGUAAUGACUGAUGAAAGUGGAAAAUCCAAAGGAUUUGGAUUUGUAAGCUUUGAAAAGCAUGAAGAUGCGCAGAAAGCUGUAGAUGAGAUGAAUGGAAAGGAGCUCAGUGGAAAACAAAUUUACGUUGGUCGAGCUCAGAAAAAAGUGGAACGGCAGACGGAACUUAAGCGCAAAUUUGAACAGAUGAAGCAAGAUAGGAUCACCAGAUACCAGGUUGUUAAUCUUUAUGUGAAAAAUCUUGAUGAUGAUAUUGAUGAUGAACGUCUCCGGAAAGCGUUUUCUCCAUUUGGUACAAUCACUAGUGCAAAGGUUAUGAUGGAAGGUGGUCGCAGCAAAGGGUUUGGUUUCGUAUGUUUCUCUUCCCCAGAAGAAGCCACUAAAGCAGUUACAGAAAUGAACGGUAGAAUUGUGGCCACAAAGCCAUUGUAUGUAGCUUUAGCUCAGCGCAAAGAAGAGCGCCAGGCUUACCUCACUAACGAGUAUAUGCAGAGAAUGGCAAGUGUACGAGCUGUGCCCAACCCUGUAAUCAACCCCUACCAGCCAGCACCUCCUUCAGGUUACUUCAUGGCAGCUGUCCCACAGACUCAGAACCAUGCUGCAUACUAUCCUCCUAGCCAAAUUGCUCAACUAAGACCAAGUCCUUGUUGGACUGCUCAGGGUGCCAGACCUCAUCCAUUCCAAAAUAAGCCCAGUGCUAUCUGCCCAGCUGCUCCUAGAGUACCGUUUAGUCCUAUGAGACCAGCUUCUUCACAGAUUCCACGAGUCAUGUCAACGCAGCGUGUUGCUAACACAUCAACACAGACAGUGGGUCCACGUCCUGCAGCUGCUGCUGCUGCAGCUACCCCUGCUGUGCGCACGGUUCCACGGUAUAAAUAUGCUGCGGGAGUUCGCAAUCCUCAGCAACAUCUUAAUGCACAGCCGGAAGUUACAAUGCAACAGCCUGCUGUUCAUGUACAAGGUCAGGAAACUUUGACUGCUUCCAUGUUGGCAUCUGCCCCUCCUCAAAAGCAAAAGCAAAUGUUGGGUGAACGGCUCUUUCCUCUUAUUGAAGCCAUGCGCCCUACUCUUGCUGGUAAAAUCACUGGCAUGUUGUUGGAGAUUGAUAAUUCAGAACUUCUUCAUAUGCUCGAGUCUCCAGAGUCACUCGGUUCUAAGGUUGAUGAAGCUGUAGCUGUACUACAAGCCCACCAAGCUAAAGAGGCUACCCAGAAAGCAGUUAACAGUGCUACCGGUGUUCCAACUGUUUAAAAUUGAUCAGAGACCACGAAAAGAAAUUUGUGCUUCACCGAAGAAAAAUAUCUAAACAUCGAGAAACUUAAAUACUAUGGGAAAAAAAAUUGCAAAAUCUAAAAUAAAUAAAAAAUGGAAAGGAAA